AUGGGAGAUGAUCAUCCGUCAAAGUAUGUGAAGUUGUCUAAAGAUCAAGCCCUUCCUGCUGAGGACAUUAAGCCCGGAGAACUCAAUCAACCCAUUGACGUUCCUCAGUUGCGUGUUCGCAAAUGCUGUGAAUGUGGACAAGCUUUGCCUGAAAGCUUUGAGCCUCCUGCAGAUGAACCAUGGACGACAGGGAUUUGUGGCUGUGCUGAAGAUACAGAAAGCUGCUGGACUGGACUUUUUUGCCCGUGUGUUUUGUUUGGACGUAACAUAGAGAAGUUGAAAGAAGAUACUCCUUGGACCACUCCUUGUGUUUGCCAUGCUAUAUUUGUCGAGGGUGGCAUGGCACUUGCUGUCGCAACUGCAGCUUUUAAUGGUAUUGAUCCAAACACAUCAUUCCUCAUUUGUGAAGGGCUGUUGUUUAGUUGGUGGAUGUGUGGAAUAUACACUGGUCUUGUGCGGCAAUCUCUGCAGAAGAAGUAUCAUCUUAAGAAUUCACCAUGUGACCCCUGCAUGGUACACUGCUGCAUGCACUGGUGUGCUUUAUGCCAAGAGCAUAGGGAGAUGAAAGGACGCUUGUCAGAUGAUGCUGCAGUGCCAAUGACCAUGGUUAAUCCUCCUCCAGUCCAAGAGAUGGGUGCUGGCCGAGAUCAUCAACAUUCCACGCCAUCCGCCUCAAAUGAUGGCAACCAUACUACCCUAGAGAUGCAAGCUUUGUAG